UCGCAGUGGUGGCACCUCCGGAGCCACACUACUCUCUCACACACGCACCAACGGCCACACCCCCACCAGGCACUGGAGGGCCUGGCCCUACAGGUGUGGCUCCCCGGGGGCUCAAAGGGUCUAAUGUUAUACUUUGGACAGUGUUGCCACCACCGUCCCUGCCACCAUUGUCCUCCUCCUCCUCUGGCAACAUGGCACCAGGGUGGCAGUGUCCUCGAGUAUAUAAGGACACCUACCUCACCCUCCUGGUCACUCAGGGCCACUCACCGGCCCCGCCAGUGCCUGUACCUGGUGCAGCUUCAGCGGUGAGUAGUUUGUGAAUCUAAACAGGUCUUUCCACGUUGAUCAGUGUUUUGUUUCGGAAAAAUACAAAAAAAUAUAAAAAACAGAAAAUACGAUCCGCCUGUCCCUCGAGUGGCUCCUGGGCGACCCGUCCUUCGACCCCGUCGUGUGUUGAGGACGACGCCUCCGGACGACGACUGUCCGUGCACUGAGUGAAGAGAAACAGGACGGAACUGAGACAGAGCAGGUCUCCGUGCGUGUGUGUGUGUGUGUGUGUGUGUAGUGGACGAGGGGAGUGUGGUCGUGGGGCCGCCCCUCCCUCCUUCCCCUCACCGGCGUCCACAUGACGUUAACCCCUCGCCGGAGACCCCUCACUACAGCGCCCUCCAACGACAGCCGUCACCGUCGUGUCUCAGUGUGUACCUCGCCAGCCUCCCCAGCAGGAAGGAAGGAAGGGCUCAGCGUUUCGCAGCAGGACUGGUUGAGCCUGCGGCGAUCACAGCCCUUCGACAUCAGGGUGUCGGCCAUGUCGACAAAGUGUACGACGAUGCGGCGGAAGGGGCGACAGCAGCGACAGCGUCAGCUACACGUUUCUCCCAAGUCCAGAGGAGCGCCGCCGCCGUCGUCGCCUGCGGCAGGAGGGAAGGAGGUCCCAGAAGCGACGCCGUCACUCCCUCGAGGCCUCCAGCAGCAACAAACCAUGCAUGAGAUGCUGCACGUGGCGCGGGAGUGCUCGACGAGGGAGGCGGCAGGCCACCUCCUAACAUUCGGAGAGUUCUGCCUCUUCACCACCGAACUCCGACAAUGUUACGACAGAGAGACCCCGCGGCCACCCCCCCUCUCCAAACUUUCCGAAAAAUCAUGUGUGGAAAAGAAAAGAAGUGAAAGAAAAAUGUCAAGUGAGUCAUCUCCAAAGUAUGAAGUAUUCCUGGGUGGGUCGUGCAAUCCCACAACAUGGCGGCAGAAUGUAGCCAUCCCCAUGCUGAAAAACCAAGGCAUAUCUUUCUAUAACCCGCAAGUGUCUCACUGGGAAGAGGCAUUGAUAGAGCAGGAAUAUCAAGCCAAACAAACUGCAUCAGUUUUGUUUUUUGUUUUGGACCGCAAUACCCGAAAUGUUGCCUCAAUGAUUGAAGCGUCGUAUAUGGCUGGCUGCCGUCGCAAGUUGGUGGUUGUCAUGGACUCCUACGCUGGCCCUGGGCAGCUCAUUAAUGGGGAGGCUCUAUCUGAACUAGAGUACGAAGAUCUGACUAGUGGCCUCCACACAGUUCAAGACGUGCUAGAGCGUCAGGGAAUCCCAGUCUUUGAUGAAAUUGAUCAUGCCCUCAACUGUACAGCUAAGAUAUUACGGGAGAACCUUCACCCUCAGGAUUUGGGUGCAGAAGAUCAAGUUCAACCUAUUAAAUACCCUUAUCUUCAAUUGGGAGAUAAACUUAUAAAACUGCACGAUACCUUUGUCAACACAAAUUCAGAACAAAUAUCAUUAGCAGAGGCUCGUGUAGCAUAUAAGGUGGUGACAAACAAGGACCUGACUACGGAGGAGCUACGAGAUAUUGUUGCUGCCAAAAAAGGUAUGAGUAUACAAGAACUAAAUGGUACAGAACUCCCACUAAAUGACGUAUACCUUACAUUUGAUGAAUUCUGCUGUAUAGUUGCUGAGUUUAAGAACCAACAUUUAGAAAGCCGGAGAUUGUGGGACGUCUUCACUCAUUCUGUACAGAAGGUAUUAGGUUGGGCGUUGCCGCGCAGACCGUUGCGGCCAAUCAACAGCACUGGUGGUCGAGACAUCUAUUUAGGAGGUUCUAUAGGAAAUCGAGUAACCUGGCGCGAAGAUAUCGCCAUUCCUAUGCUUCUGAAGCAUGGGCUGACAUACUUCAAUCCUGCGGCAGGUGCCUGCUCGGGACGUUUGUUGCCAAUGGAAGCUGCACUGAUGGAACACUCAAGAGUGAUGCUCUUUGUUAUCACCGACACAACCAGAGGUGUUUCAGCCAUGGCACUUGCCUCUCACUACAUUGGGCUUGGUUGUAAUGUUGUACUUUGCAUCCAGAUGAUAACUGAAGAAUCACUUGUCAAUGGAGAAAGGCUCUCUAGACUAGCAAUCAAGGAUUACAACAGGGGAAGAAGUUACCUCACUGACCAGGCUAACAAGGAUGGAAUCCCUGUUUUCAUAAACAUCCAGGAAGCUGUCGAGUGUGCAGUUGGCAAGUGUCGUACGAGAUAGUCAUGCAGACAGUGUGUACAGAGACUCGUCUAUAAAAUACAAAACAAGUGAUGCUAAACAUUAAAAAACUACAAUACAGUAUACUGUUUCUAGUGGAUACAGGACAUCUGGAUUGGGCAAAGAAAAGUAUCGUGGUGUUUAACCUAAUAUAAAUAUGAUAACUGAAUUUUGAAACUCAGUGUCAUAUAUGUUGAGAAAUUUACUGGUAUUGCAAGUGUGAUUAUUGAGUAGCUUGAAUAUGACAAGUAUAACAAAAUUUUCCAGUAUAACCUGGUAAGACAAGUGUCAUGCAAGUUAACAAAUAUUGCAUUUGUUCCCUUGCUUUUGCAGUGCAAAUACAGUGCAUCUUAUACCAGAUCAUGAGUGCAGCUUUUGGAAACCUUUAGAUGCAGCAAGUAUCAGGCAGCAGGAGGAAUUCUGUGCGGUUAACGAAGUGUUGUGAAAAGUCUUAACCAUAGACUGUGUCUUGACUUCGGCGAAGUUUACGUAACUUAUCCAUUUACUAUUUCAUGUAUUGUGCGUGCAUUUCAUUAAUUCUAAGAGUGCGCACAUCUUUUUUGCCUUCUGACAAAUCCUCAUGAAAAUCCUGGAGACAGACUAUAAGGUGUAAUGCUUUGGUGCUAAUGUGAUUUAUCAUGAGGUACUGUGAAGUACUGUGCUAAUGCAGUCUAUCACGCCAUUUAGAGUGAUGGGUCCAGAGUGGCAGGAGCCACUUGCGAGAAGUGAAGUAAAAUUGUAAGUGCAGUAUGAAUUCGUUAUUGAAGAGUCUGAAAUCUAAGAGUGAUAAUAACUUGACAAUGACAGCUUCCUUAGAGUAUGCUGAAUUUGAGGUCCGGGUGAAGAUAUGGUUGAUUUCAUUGCUAUCAGGGAACUUGUGGACAGCUGAAAUACAAGUGCAGUUAAAGAGUUAAAUUGUGGAUCACAUGCCCAUGAUAGUCAGUUAUUUUUGCUUUUUAGAAUCUGUAUUCAUCCCUAAAGACACUUCUUUACCCAACUCUAAGGACUAAAAUAGCUGAUCAUACUACAUAAGCUGUGGACACAGGAAGACUUCUCAGGUUAUGGGAUGAUGUAUAGUUGAUUGCAAUUUUGGAGAGUGAAAUCAUAAUCAAAUGGAUGGCUUUCAGGUUAUUAUUCAAAGGCACCCAAAAUGGGCAUAUAGUUGACAAGCACCUUCAGUAUUGUGAGCCCCCAAAAAGCUAGCUGUUCAAUUGAUUUUCAUUUUCCAAAAGCAGUCAUAGUUCAUUGUUUGUCCAUUGUUUAGUACAAUGGUGAAAGUGUGCUUCAUUCUGGUUCCAGGAGACCAAGUACAAUCUCCCAUUGCAGGAAAAUCUCCAGCGUUGGAUGCAAUAGUGUGUAAUUUAAUUCAUGCAAGGUGUUUGUAGGGCCGCAUAAGGUAUGUUUCUCAAUGUUUAAGAUUCUCACUAGGUUGUACGACAUGAUGGCGCAUCACUUACCAAUACAUUCCCAUUGCUAAGUGUUAUAAUGGUGCUUCUACAUUUUAACAGGGAGGGUUACCGGUAUAAGGUAGCUUAAUCUUCAUAUUGCAUAGAGCUUAAUACUCAUGAUUAAGCUAUAUUCACUGUCAUCCCAUUGUUAUAGUGACAGUAAUGAUGCUGAAACAUCUCUUAAUCAGCCCAAAAUUUUUCAGGAUUUGUAAUUGUCUCAAUUGAUGUAAUACUGGGCUUGAGAAACAUUAUUUAGCCUUUAAAAUUCCUGUUAAUUCUAUCUUGUUAUAAAAUAUAACAAAAUAAUUUAACAAGUAGACAUACAAAUUUCUCCAAAAUAUGAUAAGUCACAAAAUUAUUAUUUGGUUUCAGUAAUCACGUUUGGUUAAUGACCGUACAUCAAAUAAAAGAAAAAUUGAAUUGUGCAGUCACGUUGCAUAAUCUGAAAAUAUAUUUAAAAAUGAAAGGGGUAUCUCCCACAAGAUAUUACAGUGCUCGGAAUUAUAAAUCAUAAGUAUUUGUAUUCUCUUGCCUAUUACUGUUGUCCAUGUCUUGUCAUGUUUUCCUGCAUUUAAAGCAGAGAACACAAUAUUAACUAACUUCUGCACCUUGACAACCCACCUUGCUUGAAACAUUUCCUGAAGAACACUGCACGUUCAUUCAGUUGUCAAGCAGGUGAGCAUGUCACCACUAGCUUUUAUAGGCUUGUUGAAAGAAUCUCAAUUUUUUUUUUAUUUUUGAUUUUUUUAAGAAAAUUUACACACGAUUAGAAACCAACCCCUUGAUGUGAGCAGCUGAUUUUAUAAGAGCUUAUAACUAACUGGUCUUAAUUAAGGAAACAAUCAGCUACAAAAAAAUUUCUUUGGAAACAUGGUUAGGAAAUAUGACAAACUAAUUUAUAAUAAAUUUUUGUUUCAUGUUGGGACAGAAAGAAUUUAAAAUUUAAAUUUUAGAUUUACUCUUGAUACAAUUGUAUAAUUGUCAAACAAAUUAGAACCUAUUAAAACUUUUUAUAAUGUUUACAUGUAAUCCUUUGGAUUUGGAAUUUCUACACCAAUAUGUUUCAAUGUUUAUGCACUAGUAUGAUCAUGCUUUCUAUGCUACGGGGAAAGUUAAUUUUGUUUAAAGUUAAGAUGGCAACAUUUUGUCAUGGAAAAACAAUGAACUUGUUUCAUACACGUGACUGUAAUGUGUACAAAAUGCAACUUUUCUUAACCAUAUGACGUCUACACAAAUCUGCUUUCCCCUAACUAAUGCAAGAGGGAAGUCUUUGCAAUAUCGUGUAAAUAGUACUUGAAGAUUUGCUGAAUAUGCCAUAUUUCCUAAAGGUAACACUUCAAAAACUUACAUUUGUACAAAUUUUCAAAAUGACUUAAGUAAUGAGUGUUAAGAAGAGUCUGAAUCAUAAUUCAUGCACUUUGUGUAUUAUUGGGAUAAAUAGUAAUUAUGAUGUGACCAUUAUCUAACAUAUGGAUCUAGUACAAAUAUAUUGUACAGCAAUUAUAUUUAAUUUACGCAACCAAGAUUUAGUGAAUUAACAUCGACUUGAAAGCUGUGAUGUGAGUAUUAUUUACAAUUAUAGUAAACCUUUAUUUUCCAGACUUCUCUUGUCACAUAAACAUGUUUAUGUUUUAGGAUGCCAAAUUAUUAUACAUAUUUUAGUUUUUUUCGUUAACCCGAGCUGGCAGCUUAAUGGAGGGAUGGUUUACCCCUGUAUGCCCAAGUGGUUCCUCACACGAUAGUAACAAAAUAAAAAGCAAUCUUGUGUUGGAUCUCUAGUGGUGAGGGAUACCAAGUCUACUUGAAAUUUCUGUGACCGAAAUAUACUUCAAAACAUUUCUUGGUAAAAUUGUUUUAAAAAGAUUUGAGUAAUUGGUAAUGACAGGUUCCAGACUUAAAAUUUCAGGUGAUUCAAAACAAUUUUGUGUAUACAUUAACUACACACUCGGUAAAUAAUUGAACCUGGUUUAUCCGCAUUAUGGAACACCAAGUACAGUCUGCAAAAAUAUUUGGCUAUUUUUUUUGUAUAGGAUAUUUAUAUAUAUAUAGAGCUUUUCAUAAUUUUCAAUAAGAGUGUGUAAACACGUGUUUAUAUAACAUUGUAUCCAUUAAGUGUAAAAUAUACAUAAAUGGCAAUGGGAUGGAAGGUUUGAUACAUCAUGAAAAAGUAUUUGAACAAUUCUUUAUAUAUAUAUUUAAAUAUAUAUAAAAUAUACAUAAUAUAUAUAUAUGAAAUCAGUGUGAUCAAUAAACUCUUACCAAGAGCCCCUGUGAAGUGUAAUGGUGACAGUUGUUAAUAUAUCAUAUGUUCAUUAUACCAUAUAUCAGUGAUAGGCUUUGUCAUAUUUUGUUGCAUUCGUUACACCUAAUCAUGUACUGUAUAUAUAAUUAUAUAUUAUAGAUUAUUUUUACAAGAAUCUUAACACACAUCGAA